AGUGACCUACUUAAAUGCGCGAGUGCAAUCAAUAAGUAGUGCGUUGAUUUCUAUGGCUUCCCGGUGGUUUGGGUCUUAAGCGAUUGACAUCCAAAUGGCUAGUCAUUCGGUGUUUGGAAGUCAGUUGAACGACAGCGUUGCAAUGGAGCGUUGGUGCAACAAAGUGGCCGUGGUGAGCGGAGCGAGUGCCGGAAUUGGUGCAGCAUGCACCCGUGCUCUAAUCGGAGCAGGAAUGGUAGUGGUGGGUCUGGCCAGGCGGCAGGAGCGAGUGGAGAAGCUGCGCAGUGAACUGAAUCCCGAGCAGCAGUCCCGGCUACACGCAAUCAAGUGCGACAUUACGCAGGAGGAUCAGGUGCUGAAGGCCUUCGACUGGACCUGCAGGCAGUUGGGCGGAGUGGAUGUGUUGGUGAGCAAUGCUGGGAUCAUUGGUACCGGAGAACUCAGCGAGCGGGAUGAUGGUGCUGCCAUGCGUUCCACCAUAGAAACAAAUAUCAUGGGCACCGUGUACUGCGUCCGCGAAUCCUUUCAUUCGAUGAGAAAGCGGGAAACCGAGGGCCACGUGGUCAUCGUGAACAGCGUGGCGGGUUAUCAGGUUCCCAAUUUGGGACCACAGCUUCCCUCUCUCAACAUUUAUCCGGCCACCAAGUUUGGCCUUCGCGCCAUGAACGAGAUCUACCGCCAGGAGUUCCAGAGGCACAAAACUGCAGUCAGGGUUUCGACCGUCAGUCCCGGCAUUGUUGAUACGGAUAUCUUGCCGGAGCAGAUCCAGGGUAUUAUCAAGCAACACAUGCCCAUGCUGCGAAGUGAUGACGUCGCUGAUGCCGUUCUCUGGGCCAUUGGAACUCCACCCAACGUUCAGGUCCAUAAUAUAACUAUCAAGCCGCAAGGCGAAAAGUUCUAAUCUUACUUCUGAUAAACUAGGAACUGCAGUCUACUACAUUCAAUGGAUAGUUAAGAUUUAUUUCUAGUGCUUAACUAGUUUUAUCUUAAGUUAAGAUUUAUUUCUAGUGCUUAACUAGUUUUGUCUUAAGCUAAAAAAAAAUUAUCUUGAUAGGAUCAUUUGUAUUUAAAUUAUACAAAGACCUUAGCUUGGUCCUUAACCAAAACCAAAGGCCUUUUAAAUUGCUGCCAUUGCCAAGUGUCGGCGAAUUCGAAUCCCCAUCUCCGGAUCAUACCCCAAAUCCAACACCCUUUUCCGCCGACACUUCUUUUACUCUCUGCGAAGGAGAAUCCACAUUCAGAGUGGAUUUAAGAGAGGUUCGCCACGGGUCUCAAAGUCAUAAUUUAUACGGUCCUUUUCCAUAUCGUUCCAAAGCAGCUCCAAGCUGCUCCCCAAUGCAUCCUGGCUAUUCAGUUGUUCGGAGCCAGUCGCUCUGUAAACACCGUCCUUUGUUCACUGUGUCCACUUUUUCGCUUUCUCAGAUUCAGCAUCUUUCGCCAUAUGUUGUCGCGUGCAUCUGUUGAUUGUGUUUUUACACCCUUAAGAGUCCUUUUAAGUCUGAUAUGGGUAAACAUCAGACAGUUUCACUUUUUAGAUAGGUAAAUUCCCAAAAUUAUUUGUCAU